AUGAAUAUGCUUGUUGAAAUUGUUAAGCUGAAUAUCCUUGCUGACUUAGCAAAAAACGAUCCUGCAUGGGGUCAUUGUAAACAAGUUGUGGAGUCUGGAAAAACAAUUCUGCUAUGCAUAUAUUGUGAGAAGCUUAUUAGGGGUGGAGGAAUUCAUCGGUUUAAGCUUCAUUUGUCUGGAAAAGGAGGAGAUGUUGAGUCUUGUCGAAAGGUGCCAGCUGCAGUGAGACACCAAUUCCAUGAAAGUAUUGAAGAGCUUCGAAGCAAGAAAAGAAAAACUCAAGAACAAUAUGCCGAAAGUUAUAAUGCUUGUGAUGAUGUUGAAAGAGAAUUUGACGAGAUCGAACGUAAUGAGAUGCAACAACAACAAAAAUCCAGGGUUCCAACACCUAACUCUAGAAAAGGAAAACAAGUCAAAGGUUUACAAUCCUAUUUUCCACCGACAACAACACCUGGAGCUCAACCAACUAUCAAAAGCGUUCUUCAAAGCAAAAAAAUUGUGGAGAAGUGUGAUAUUGCUAUUGCGAAAUGGAUGGUGGAUGCCUCUGUUCCAUUUAAUGCGGUUAAUUCAGCUUACUAUCAGCCAAUGAUUGAUGCUAUUGCAAGCAUGGGUGCAGGGUAUAAAGGGCCAAGUUAUCCAAGAGUCCGUAGGUAUUUGUUGAGUAAAUUAGUUGAUGAUGUGAGGAAAAUGAUUGAUGGUUAUCGUGAGAUUUGGAAGCAAACUGGAUGCACUAUUAUGGCCGAUGGAUGGACUGAUCGUUGUAGGCGUACUUUGAUUAAUUUUUUAGUUUAUUGUCCUAAAGGAACUGUUUUUCUAAAGUCGGUUGAUGCUUCUAAUAUCUCAAAAACUGCUGAAAAUUUGUUUAAGUUGUUUAGGGAUGUUGUAUUGUUUGUUGGUCCUGAGAAUGUUGUAUAUGUAGUGACGGAUAAUGCUGCAAAUUAUGUUGCUGCUAGAAGAAAGUUAGAGGAAGUGAGUGAAACUAUGUCACAAGCUUCAAUGAUAACGAAGUAUAUCAAUAAUCAUUGCCAUACUUUAUACUUGAUGAAAAAGUUCACAGGUAAACGAGAAAUACUUCGUCCAGCUCCAACUCGGUUUGCUACUAAUUUCAUUGCUUUGCAAAGUAUUUUAGCUCAAAAGGAUCCUUUGAGAGCUAUGGUUACUUCUAGAGAAUUUACAAGCUCGGCUUACUCCAAAGAAGCCAAAGCUAAGAAAUUCGUGGAUCAAGUCUUGGAUUCUAAAUUUUGGAGUCAAUGCACUGAUAUUGUUAAGCUUACUGAGCCACUUGUUCGUGUUUUACGUAUUGUGGAUAGUGAAGACAGACCUGCCAUGGGUUUUCUUUAUCAAGCUAUUUAUAAGGCUAGAGAAGAAAUGGUGAAGAGGUUUCAGAAAAGAAAGAAGGUUGUUGAUCCUUAUUUGAAGAUUUUGGAUACCCGUUGGGAUGCACAACUUAAGAAAAAUCUUCAUGCCGCUGGUUAUUGGUUAAAUCCAGCUUUUCGAUUUAAUGCUGGAGAAUUUGAAAAGCACAAAGAAACGAUUUCUGGCUUGUUGGAUGUCAUUGAGAAAUAUGCUUAUGAUGAUCCUGUAUUGAAUUCUAAGCUGACAAGUGAGAAGAGGAUCUUUAAGAAUGCUGAGAAAGAUUUUGGAAGACCCUCUGCAAUACGUGAACGAAGCACUGUUAUGCCAGGUGAAAUUUCUUCAUAA